UCAAGAAUGGCAUCGCGAGAUUACAGUAAAGAUGAAGCGUUCCUAGCAACCUCCGUUGUUCGACUUAUUUGUACUUCCUACUAACGUCAGUUGCAACAUCUGACCAAUCAUGUUCCUCCUUUUGACUAAUCGUCCAAUAGGAGCCCUUAUAGGCGGGUCCUCGUGGUGCCGUGGUUCGUGUGGAAAGUUUACCGGCUCGGGUGCAAAGUUUCAACCGUCUGCAAAGCAGAGCUCGUCGGCAGAGGAGUCAGGGAUAUGCUGGUGACGUCCGCUGGGUUUUCACACGGUUCCUAGAAGCCAGUAACUCCCAUGAUUUCCGCUCUUUGGAUGUAGCUUCACCCGGAGGACACCGUGAAAGCCUUAUCUCUCUGUGAACUUGAAUCGACGAGGUUCACCAGGAAGCGAAAAUGGCCUGCGGACCCAACCGUGCCCGGUUGCUAUGUAUGCUCGCACUGACUUUCGGCUUCUUCGUCGUCGAGGUGGUGGUCAGCCGCAUUACCUCGUCCCUCUCGAUGCUCUCGGACUCCUUCCAUAUGCUGUCGGACGUUUUGGCGCUGGUUGUGGCUCUGGUCGCGGUGCGGUUUGCCGAAAGAACCCACUCGACCAAGAAAAACACAUUCGGAUGGAUCCGAGCGGAGGUGAUGGGGGCUCUGGUCAACGCUAUCUUUCUCACGGCGCUGUGCUUCACCAUCGUCCUGGAAGCCAUCGAGCGCUUCACCGAACCCCAAGAGAUCGAUUCUCCAAUGGUGGUGGUCUGGGUCGGCGCCGCGGGGCUCCUUGUCAACGUGCUGGGGCUCUUACUGUUCCACGGGCACGCCGGGGGAGGACACUCCCACGGGGGCAACUCUCAUGGGGACAAGGGGAAAAAGGGGAAAACCAAAAAGCUCCAGAACGCUGGGGAUGGGUUAGCGGCGGAGGAGACCAACAAUCUGGUGGCGAGUCACAACAGUUUGGGUGAUGGCAGGUCAAAAACUGAUGUCAGCAGUAAAGACUCCGCGGAGGUGCAGAUGAACGGCAACACCCAGAUCGACGACGACCAUGACUCGUCGACGCAGCUCAACAUGCGUGGCGUCUUCCUGCACGUCCUGGGCGACGCGCUGGGUUCCGUCAUCGUGGUGGUCAACUCCCUCAUUUUCACGUUCGUGUGGAAGCCGUGCGCCGACAAGAGCUGCGUGAACCCGUGCAUCAAAAGCCGCGACGUGGACCUCCAGGCCAUCAAUCAGACGGGUAAAGUGGAGAUGGCGGGCCCCUGCUGGGUGCUGUACCUGGACCCCACGCUGUGUCUCAUCAUGGUGGGCAUCCUGCUCUACACCACCUACCCGCUGCUCAAAGAGUCGGCCCUCAUCCUGCUCCAAACCGUGCCCAAGCAAGUCAACAUCAAACGGCUCAACGAGCGGCUGCUGAGCCUGGACGGCGUGCUGGCUAUCCACGACCUGCACAUCUGGCAGCUGGCCGGCAGCCGGAUCAUCGCCACGGCGCACAUCAAGUGCCGCGACCCCACGUCCUACAUGGAGGUGGCCAAACGCAUCAAGGACUUCUUUCACGACGAGGGCAUCCACGCCACCACCAUCCAGCCGGAGUUCGUCACCUUCAGCUCCCAGUCGCGGGACUCUCUGUGCGAGCUGUCCUGUCGGACUCAGUGCGCCCCCAAGCUGUGCUGCGAGACUGCAGACAAACAGAAGGGUGCCGUUGACUCCAAAGCCGCAGCAGCAGCACCAGCACCAGAAGCAGAAGUGUGCUCAGCUGUGGAUGUUGUCAUUGAGAACCUGGAGCAGGCCGCCGUCAUCCAGGAGUCGUCUCAGACUGAUGCGAAGGCAGCCGUCCACAAGGAGGUGGAGUCGUCACUGUGAAACGAAAUGCACAGGCGAAGCAGGUGAACCACCGUCACUUCCUGGAAGCUGUAAUCUCUUGGACCCGUUCUGGACCCGAUUCAAAAGUAAUUAUUUUUUCCCCCCGAUCAUUUCGCCAACAUUUUGGUGAAUUUGAUCCCUCUCGUUAUAUCAUCUCUCGCUCCGGCAGCACGGUUCUGACGCUCAUCGUCUUUUUCACGGACCUCAUUUCCUCCAGGACUGGAGCGACACCUGCAUGACUGUCUGUCGUUUUUAGCACCUCGUCGUGAUGUGUCACCUGAUCCUAACGGUGUCGAUUGUUUUGUUUUUUUUUCACUGCCAAAGCUUCUCGCUGCAGAACCGAGGGGGCAAACAGACGUGAUGUGUAGAUGAGCCUACUGGCAAAAUGAGUCCUCGUUGUUUUGCUUGGGCUUUGAGCAAAUCUAUUUUCUUAUCCUUUUGGCUGCAAGUGGAAUAGUAUUGUAUUUCAUAAUAAUUUAAGUAUUUAAGUUAUUAGAAAUUAUUCAUCUUUAUGUAGAUGCUGUUUUAUGAGAUUUAGUUUAAAUGAUACAGAAGGAUUUUUUUUUUGUCCUGGAGUUUGUUUGAAUAAAACAAAAAAAAAAAAAGAAAUGUUUUAGUGAUAUAUUUUCAGAUUUGAUGUUUUUAUAAAGAUCUUGUCGUUGGACUUUCCUCUGGCCUUGACGCAGACACCUCUCACCUCGCCUUUUAAAGAAUCUGCUGUGGUUUACGACAACGUUUUGUAGUAGGUGUGAGGAUUUCUUGCAGUGGUAGGUUUGGAACAUUUUUAAGCCACGCUGGCUUGAAGUUUGAGUCUGUUGUGAAGAGGCAUGCGCCGGUAAGACAGCAAACGGUAUUGCAGUUUCACGGUAUUGCAAUGAAACAACAGAGCUCGAUCUAUUUAAUUUUAUUUAAAACGACAACAAAAAAAGCAACAAUUUUUUCCAUUAUGAUUGUGACAAUAUUAAAGCAUUUCUUUCUGAUUAGCACAUCUUGUUAAUUAUGAUUUAAAUUAGGCUUCUUUCAGCCAGCUGACAACAAGUGGGGGAGGGACUCCAGCACUUUCUGUUGAAAACGUUGAAACUGAAACCGGCCCAUGCCUCAAAGUGAAGAAACAAGCACUGUAUGCCCAGCGUUGGCACACUCUGAACUGGAAAACCUUCUUGUGCUGGUUGAUGUUUUCUUUUCUUGUGCUGUUUUCAGCACCUUGUCGCAAUCCGUGCUGGAGAGUUUUCAUAUACAUAGAUGUAGCACAUCUACCUAUCUAUAUAUAUAAAAUGCAUUUCCAAGGCGUCCACUGCAAAAACUCAAAAGUUUUACCAAGUAUUUUUGGUUUAGUUUCUUGUGUACAUAUCUCAGUACGCUUGAAAUAAGACAACACUAACUUACAAGUAAAUUUUCAGCACAGUAUAGGAGCUCGUUUUAAGUCGGUAAUUUCUUAAUGUUGAUUUAAGAAAAAAAAAAGUGCUAAUUCCAUUAGUAGAUUUUUUUUUUUUUUACUUAAAACAUGGAGGAAAAUGUCCUACAUCUUGGUGAAAACUUACUUCUAAGUCAGCUCUGUCUUAUUUCAAGCGUUUGCGCCAGAAACGAGACCAAAAUUUCGUUUUUGCAGUGUCGUAGUAGCGUGUUUGCAUGACCAAACCCAGACCUGAUGUUUGACGUUUACCAGCUCUUCUCUGAGCUCUCGCUGCUGCUCCCCAGCGCCUGCUGGAGUCCGCCGAUGUAACUCAAGACUGUGUUGGAAACAACUCGUCUUAAAGCGCCGCCGUUUGGUGAAUUUAAAGUCCACAUGGUGGCCUUGAAACUCGUGUAUGACUUCUUCCUGUCAGUCACCACAGAUAUCUUCUGAAGUUGGCACAUUUCAGAUUUCCACUCCCUAUUAAAUGUGUAUGCAAUAUAGAAAACGUGCUGGGAAAUGUAUUUUGGUUCAUUUGUAGCGUUUUUAGUCACUUUUACUGUGUCUUUUAUGACUUGAGCUCUAUGUGAAAAAGGAAGGUGUUUUUAUUUCAAGCACAUGUCUGCUGAUGUGUUUUUGAUAUAUAUGCACAUAUUAUCUAUAUAUAUAUAUUCACAGUACCUGUCUGAUGUGUCAUUGUGAAAUAAAACAGCUGUUUGGUCCAGCUGAGGAACAGAA